CCAGGCCGCCGAGGGAGCGGCGGGGCCGGCGCCAUGGCCGAGCGGGGCCGCCUGGGCCUGGCCGGCGCGCCCGCCGCGCUCAACACGCCGGUGCCCAUGAACCUGUUCGCCACCUGGGAGGUGGACGGCUCCAGCCCCAGCUGCGUGCCCAGGUUGUGCAGCCUGACCUUGAAGAAGCUGGUGGUCUUCAAGGAGCUGGAGAAGGAGCUCAUCUCGGUGGUGAUUGCUGUCAAGAUGCAGGGCUCCAAGCGGAUCCUGCGGUCCCACGAGAUCGUGCUGCCCCCCAGUGGACAAGUGGAGACUGACCUGGCGCUGACGUUCUCCCUGCAGUACCCCCACUUCUUGAAAAGAGAAGGCAACAAGCUUCAGAUCAUGUUGCAGCGAAGAAAGCGGUACAAGAACCGGACGAUCCUGGGCUAUAAAACGCUGGCGGCUGGCUCCAUCAACAUGGCCGAGGUGAUGCAGCACCCCUCCGAGGGCGGCCAGGCGCUGAGCCUUUGCAGCAACAUCAAGGAGGCCGCGGUCAAGGUGGCCGAGAUCUGGAUCUUCUCCCUGUCCAGCCAGCCCAUCGACCACGAGGACAGCAGCAUGCAGGCCGGCCCCAAGGCCAAGUCCACCGAUAACUACUCCGAGGAGGAGGACGAGAGCUUCUCCUCCGAGCAGGAGGCCAGCGACGACGCCGCGCAGGGGCAGGAUUUGGACGAGGAUGACUUCGACGUGGGGAAGCCCAAGAAGCAACGGCGAUCGAUACAACAGAACUUCAAGCAGAAAGUCGUGGCCCUGCUGCGGAGAUUUAAAGUUUCCGAUGAGGUCCUGGACUCGGAGCAGGACCCUGCAGAGCACGUCCCCGAGGUGGAGGAGGACCUGGACCUUCUGUACGACACGCUGGACAUGGAGAACCCCAGCGACAGCGGCCCCGACAUGGAGGACGACGACAGCGUCCUCAGCACCCCCAAGCCAAAGCUCAGGCCGUACUUCGAAGGCCUGUCCCACUCCAGCUCGCAGACAGAGAUCGGGAGCAUCCACAGUGCCCGCAGCCAGAAGGAGCCUCCGAGUCCGGCCGACGUGCCCGAGAAGACGCGGGCCCUCGGAGGGAAGCAGCCAAGUGACAGCAUCUCCGAUUCCGUGGCCCAUAGCCCACCCGCCCCGGGGGAGCAGCCAGCCCAGCCUGAGGACAGCCCGGAGGUGGAGACCUCUGCCCUGGACAUGUUCACCGAGAAGCUGCCACCCAGCGGGCGGAUCACCAAGACAGAGUCUCUGGUCAUUCCCUCCACCAGGUCCGAGGGGAAGCAGGCCGGCCGCCGGGGCCGGAGCACGUCGCUGAAGGAGCGGCAGCCGGCGCGUCCGCAGAAUGAGCGGGCCAACAGCCUGGACAACGAGCGCUGCCCGGACACUCGGAGCCCGCUGCAGAUCCCCAGGAAGACUGUGUAUGACCAGUUAAACCACAUCCUCAUCUCCGAUGACCAGCUCCCCGAAAACAUCAUUCUUGUCAACACCUCGGACUGGCAGGGGCAGUUCCUCUCAGACGUCCUGCAGCGGCACACGCUCCCCGUGGUGUGCACGUGCUCUGCUGCCGACGUCCAGGCGGCCUUCAGCACCAUCGUCUCUCGGAUACAGAGAUACUGCAACUGCAAUUCCCAGCCCCCGACCCCCGUGAAGAUCGCCGUGGCGGGGGCGCAGCAUUACCUCAGCGCCAUUCUGCGGCUCUUCGUGGAGCAGCUGUCCCACAAGACCCCCGACUGGCUGGGCUACAUGCGCUUCCUCGUCAUCCCGCUGGGCUCCCACCCGGUGGCCAGAUACCUGGGCUCUGUGGACUACAGGUACAACAACUUCUUCCAGGACCUGACCUGGAGAGACCUGUUCAGCAAGCUGGAGGCCCAGAGCGCCGUGCAGGACACGCCGGACAUUGUGUCGAGGAUCACGCAGUACAUCUCGGGGGCCAACUGCGCCCACCAGCUGCCCAUCGCGGAGGCCAUGCUGACCUACAAGCAGAAGAGCCCCGACGAAGAGUCCUCUCAGAAGUUCAUUCCCUUCGUAGGGGUGGUGAAGGUUGGAAUAGUGGAGCCGUCUUCGGCCACGUCAGGUGACUCAGAUGACGCGGCCCCCUCGGGCUCCAGCGCACUCUCGUCCACCCCGCCGUCCACAUCUCCCGCGGCCAAGGAGGCCUCACCCACCCCGCCCUCCUCCCCGUCGGUGAGCGGGGGCCUGUCCUCCCCCAGCCAGGGCGUCGGCGCCGAGCUGAUGGGGCUGCAGGUGGAUUACUGGACGGCAGCCCAGCCCGCAGACAGGAAGAGAGAUGCGGAGAGGAAGGACCCGCCCACCACCAAAAACACACUCAAGUGCACCUUCCGGUCUCUCCAGGUCAGCAGGCUGCCCAGCAGCGGCGAGGCUGCGGCCACGCCCACCAUGUCCAUGACCGUGGUCACCAAGGAGAAGAACAAGAAGGUGAUGUUCUUGCCCAAGAAAACCAAGGACAAGGAUGUAGAGUCCAAAAGCCAGUGCAUUGAGGGUAUCAGCCGGCUCAUCUGCACCGCCAAGCACCAGCAGAACAUGCUGCGGGGUGAGCGCUGCCUCCCUCCCUGCCUCCCUCCCCCUCGACGCAGGCGCGAAAACGGGCCGGAAGCGGAAACGGCAGGGCGGAGCCUGUCGAAGCGGAAGUUCGUGGGGCUCGACUCCGCCCCCUCGGGCCUUCCAGAACCGCUGUGGGCCCCACCCUCUGUCCCUCCCAUCACGAUGGGUCCGCCCCCAUCCCCGUAG